AUGCAUCUUGCGAUAAGUUUGCUCGUCUUCAGUCUGCCUUUCACUAUGGCACAUCCACAUUCCGGCGGUCUUGCUCCGUCGUCAUUGCUCGAAGAACGAGAGGGCGCUGGGGCCCAAGUCUUUGCGCGACACCUCGACCGACUCAAGCUCGAGCGCGAACGGGCCGCCGCCGAUGACUCUGCUGCUGUACCGUUUUGGAAACGACAGUCGACGACGAGCUCGGGUGAAGGACAGGCCAUUUCGAGUGGCUCAAAUUCUGCAGAGUGAGUACCCGCUCUGCCAUGUUCUCUCCGCACGUUGGUUCACAAUGGACCCGCUCAGGUCUAGUGAUCGUUGGUCGAGCUAAGGCACUCGAAAGCCCCGAGCGCCGAGCGCAUGAUCGAGCUUCGGCGGGGCCCGCGGCCGGACGGCGCGCGGAGAGGUGGCAGCCGCUUGGGGUCGCGUCGACCGAGCGACCAUGAUUCGACUAUGAUGCUCGCUCAGAAGACUCGCGGCUGACCUCGCGGAUGAUCAUCGAUUUUUCUCCGACUCCGCAGAGCUGCAGGAUACACCUGUGAUGACACUACCUGCGUGCUCCCCUCAUGCCAUGUAGGUGGUCUGUCUCUACAUCACACUGCUUCCGAGCUCCUUGCUCCACAGCUGCUCGCCGAAGGAAUUGCCGAGCUCGUCACUGAACUGGCUGCGUGGGGUCCCUGAUCGUGAUGAGAGUCAUGCUGAUCGCCACUUUCCCUUGAUCCUGCCCACACCUUCCCGAUCAUUGCACCAUCUGUCCCACCAAACUUGGCGCCCGAUCAACAGUGCGCAUCCGUGAAUCCACCAGGGGGACUGAGUCCGAAAAAUACCCCUCAAUUCAUCAGUGAGUCGACUUGCCGCGCAAGCUCAGGGUGAAAAUGGAUACGAUUCUACAUGGGAACACAACCGCGCUCGGUGUACGAGACCCUUGGCUCGAGUCCUCGAUCACUCACAUGCUGUGCUUCUAUCCCAAACAAUCCCCUGCUCAGCGGUCACCGCCGAUGACGCCGUUAACACCUUCACGAUCGAGGUGCUUGACUAUCUCCUGUCCAAGCGCAAGAACCCGAAUGGAUGUCAACCCAAGAUGACCUACUUCAACUCGGUCAGUACUUGCCACCUCAGUUCCGACCAAGGAAGUUGAGGUCUACUCACUCACCCAGAAAAACUCACAGCUCAUGUACAACAAUUACAGCAUGGUCACGGACUGGUUCGUCGCCGGCAAUGAAAUCGCCGACCACACUAUGACUCAUGUUGGCGACCCCCCUGCCGUGAGUGCCAGGCGGUCUACGCUCCCUGCAAGCAUGACUGGAGAAAUCUUUGCUAGGAUUCUUGAAGGCUCACUCCUCGCAUGCAUGUUGUGAUUUGACACAGACCGAGAUCAACGGCAACCUCGCUGCGCUAAACGCUUUCUCCGGGAUUCCGUUGGUCGAGCUCAAGGGGUUUCGUGCGCCAUUGCUCAAUUUCUCCAGCAGCACUUUGACGACCUUGCACACGUCCGGUUUCCUAUACGACUCUUCGGCGACGUCGGCGAGUCCAGCUGAUGCAGCUGCCACGGACGCGUACUGGCCAUACACACUUGACAACGGCCUGGCAAACAACUGUCUGGAUGUGACGGGGGUAUGCAAAGGAGCACUAAAGCUGCCGGGCUUGUGGGAGGUCCCAAUGUGAGUCGUGGUGUUCCCGCAAUGACAGUACCUUGUAUUAACACAACUGAGCAUAUAAUCUCCAUCUAAUGCAAAGGUAUGCCGUUUUCGAAGCGAACAAUGCCUCCGAUAUUCAUCUCAUGUGAGUCUGCAGGAUGGGACACGCAUGGGUAUUUUCCUCCUUUGCUCACAGCCAGUGCCUUGCUCGGUUUCUUCUGCGUCGCGCACGUGUAGGGAUCCGUGGUUGGACUCGGAAGACAUGUCGGAGGUACUCGCUUGGCUCAAGUCAAGCUUUCUCUCGCACUACAGUGGGAACCGCCAGCCGUUCGGACUCUACACCCAUCCCAUCCACCUUGCGGUCAACUAUCCUGGUCUGACGAACCCGACGGCCCAGCGCGAGAUGCUGCAAGAGUUCCUUGAUUGGGUCCAGACCUACCCGGACGUGUGGUUCGUGACGAAUCAACAGCUCUUGGCGUGGAUGCAAGACCCCAAAUCGAACGACCAAAUCGCGCAAUCCGCCGCGUUGCAGUGCUCCACGCCCGCCGUCGAUGCAUCGCUCAAGAUCUGCAAUGGGCUCGCACAGAAUGAAGCUGGCCUACUCUUGCAGUGUCCCUUCACCGAAUUUUCGUGGACAACUUGCUAUGGGUGCCCCGUGACGCCACCAACCCCGCAAAACCCGGUUCCGGCACAGAAUACAACGCUCGGUGUCAGGGCCCAUUUGCCUACAAACUGCUCUACGCCGUUCUUCGAUCCUGUGGGCAAUAGGUGCACUUGUGCGGCAAGUUCCUGCGCCUUCACCGAUCAAACGAGACCUAUCGGCAACUACUCGACCCCGCUGUCGGAUGGCAACUCGGCCACCGGUGCCGCGGGUGGAUCGACUUCGACCUCCGGCCGAGGCUCGUCGACACAAACAUCGAUCCCUCGGCAAUUAUCAACCGCGUCCCAGCUCCUCACUCGAGUGACCCUCGCUGCAGCGUUGGCUUUCGCGACAUUCCUGAUCUUACUCGGCUGA